AUGCCCAAAGGAUUCCUAGUAAAAAGAAACAAGAAAUCUGCACAUGUAUCCUACAGGACUCGGACAGACGAAGAUGACCAUCAGGAGCAUCCCACCCCAGCUGCCUUGCCGAGUCACACGGACCCCUCCCCGCCGAUGUCCGUGGCGUCCAGUCCGGACCGCGCCGCAGCAUCACCGGAUUUCACAGCAGCCGAGGCUCCGGUGCCAAGACUAGAGAAGCCGGCGCAGUUCGGCAACCCAGAAGCGGUGUGCCAAGCCCUCUACAGCCCCACCCGGCCCAUCAGCAAGGAGCACGACAGGGGAUAUUUUGAGCGAAGUUUCAAUCUGGGCUCUCCCAUUUCUGCAGAGUCAUUCCCUACACCUGCCUCCCUCUCCGGCCUGGACCAUCUCCUGUACGCUCCGGUCGACCUGAAAAUAGGCACCAGCAACAGCAGCCGCAGCGGGACCACCAGCAGCAGUCUCCCGGCACCGAGCAACCGGGUCGGUACCAAAAGACCCGCAGCCGACGGCGCAGAACGCAAAUCUAAACCUGCACCCAAGAAACCCAAAGCCAUCAGAAAACUCAACUUUGAAGACGAGGUGACGACUUCUCCGGUGCUUGGUCUCAAAAUCAAAGAGGGGCCAGUGGAGAUGAAGCCGAGGGCGCAGUCCUCAGGGGGGAACAAGCCUUUAGGGGAGUUUGUGUGUCAGCUGUGCAAAGAGGCGUACGCGGAUCCUUUCUCUCUGGCUCAGCACAAGUGCUCCCGUAUCGUCAGGGUGGAGUACCGGUGCCCCGAGUGCGACAAGAUGUUCAGCUGCCCGGCAAACCUCGCCUCUCACCGCCGCUGGCACAAACCGAGGAACACCGGCGCACCGGCGAUGUGCCCCGCACAGGGCAUCAAAGCUGAAAUGGCCAAAAUGCCUCCGCUGGGUAUCAAGUCAGUCUCCGACGAAGCCAAAGACAUGAGUGACAGAGACACCCCGAGUCCAGGUCUGUCCGAGUCGGGCUCUGAAGACGGUUCCUAUGACUGCCAGUUCUGCGGGAAGAGGUUUAAACGACAGGCAUACCUAAGAAAACACAUCAUGGGACACCAGGCCCUGCAAAAGAAAGUGCUGGAGGAGCACGGGUUUCAAACCAGCGACCGCGCGGCAGAGCAGCCCCAGGUCCCAUCCUCUUUCUCCUCCUCCUCCUCCUCCUCCUCCUCAGCAUCAUCAUCAUCAUCCUCAGAGGAAGCCUCGAACCAAAGCCCACUCAAUCUGAGCCCUGUGGACUGCCUGCUGUGCCCGGUGUGCGGAGAGAGUUUCACCAGCAGAGCCGGCCAGGAGAGACACCUGCGCCUCAUGCACUCCUCCCAGAUCUACCCGUGCAAAUACUGCCCCGCCACCCUUUACAGCUCGCCGGGGCUCACCAGGCACAUUAACAAGUGCCACCCCUCGGAGAACCGGCAGGUGAUCCUGCUCCAAAUGCCGGUGCGCCCUGCCUGCUGAAAACUUAACUUGUGCCUUUAACGGGGGAGAAGAAAAAAAAGAAAGAAAGAAGAAAAAAUGGCUUUGGGGGUGAAAAAAAAAGAAAAAAAGAGAAAAGAGAGUUUGUGAUACUCACUGCCAUAACUUUAGGCCAAUGAAGGGCAGGGCGGUUUGAUGUUUAAGUGGUGUUUCAUGAGGUGUCUUUUCCAUGCCAAUCAGUGAUUGUUGAAUGCUUCUCUCUAUAUUUGACUUACAUAUAGGCCUAUUUUGAGAUUUUCUUUCUCAAAUUAGUUUAUCAAGAAAAAAAAAAGAGUACAAAGCGUUAGUUUGACUGUUAAAGGGUAUUUUUCUAGGACAGCACAUGUGUUCAAUGAUAGCUUCUAGACCUAAGAAAUGUCUUUAAAUCCUCAGAAAUCCUUUUUCCCAUUAAAGCCUUCUCGAUUCACCGACCGUGAUUGCUCUGUCACUGUAGCUUUAUGCUAGUUUGUGAAUGACUAAACGUACCAACUUUGUACUGAUGGGGAAAACGAGUGAAUGAAACAUUCCCUCUUUAGUAGAACCACAAAUGCCUUUAGUAUACAAUAAAGCCUAGUCCGAGAUAGCCUACAUACACAUCCAAAUCCUGCUGUAUAACUGCCUUAAAAAAGUCAAC